GGCGCCGCCGCCGCCGCCGCCGCCAACCCAGGGCCGCCGCCGCCCGCGUGCAGGAAACCAACAUGUCUGACAAAAGUGACUUAAAAGCUGAGCUAGAGCGCAAAAAACAGCGCUUAGCACAGAUAAGAGAAGAGAAGAAACGGAAGGAAGAGGAGAGAAAAAAGAAAGAGGCUGACAUGCAGCAGAAGAAGGAACCAGUUCCAGAUGACUCUGACCUGGAUCGCAAGCGCCGAGAGACGGAGGCCCUGCUCCAGAGCAUCGGGAUCUCGCCAGAGCCCCCUCUAGUGCAGCCGCUGCAUUUUUUAACAUGGGAUACCUGUUAUUUUCAUUAUUUAGUCCCAACCCCUAUGUCUCCCUCCUCGAAAUCAGUGAGCACUCCCAGUGAAGCUGGAAGCCAAGACUCGGGCGACCUGGGACCGUUAACAAGGACCCUGCAGUGGGACACAGACCCCUCAGUGCUCCAGCUGCAGUCAGACUCAGAACUUGGACGGAGACUGCAUAAGCUGGGCGUGUCAAAGAUCACCCAAGUGGAUUUCCUGCCUAGGGAGGUGGUGUCCUACUCCAAGGAGACCCAGACUCCUCUGGCCACACAUCAGUCUGAAGAGGAUGAGGAUGAUGAGGAAAUGGUGGAACCUAAAGGGGGCCAGGAUUCAGAACAGGAAAAUGAAGACAAAAAGCAGGAGGUGAAGGAAGCUCCUCCAAGGGAGCUGACAGAGGAAGAAAAACAGCAGAUCCUUCACUCAGAGGAGUUUCUCAUCUUUUUUGAUCGGACAAUACGGGUAAUUGAAAGAGCCCUGGCAGAAGACUCCGAUAUCUUCUUUGACUACAGUGGUCGAGAAUUAGAGGAAAAAGACGGGGACGUCCAGGCUGGAGCCAACCUCUCUUUCAAUCGUCAGUUCUACGAUGAGCAUUGGUCCAAGCAUCGAGUCGUCACUUGUAUGGACUGGUCUCUCCAGUACCCUGAGCUGAUGGUCGCUUCCUACAACAACAACGAAGAUGCUCCCCAUGAACCGGAUGGAGUAGCCUUGGUUUGGAACAUGAAGUUUAAGAAAACCACACCAGAGUACGUCUUCCACUGUCAGUCCUCCGUGAUGUCUGUCUGCUUUGCUCGUUUCCACCCCAACUUGGUGGUUGGGGGGACUUACUCGGGCCAGAUCGUCCUGUGGGAUAAUCGCAGUCACCGGAGGACGCCUGUCCAGCGGACGCCCUUGUCUGCGGCUGCACAUACGCAUCCCGUGUACUGUGUAAAUGUUGUUGGGACCCAAAAUGCUCAUAACCUCAUCACCGUCUCCACCGAUGGCAAAAUGUGUUCCUGGAGCCUGGACAUGCUCUCCACUCCACAGGAGAGCAUGGAGCUGGUAUACAAUAAGUCCAAGCCUGUGGCCGUUACUGGAAUGGCUUUCCCAACGGGAGACGUCAAUAACUUCGUGGUUGGCAGCGAGGAGGGCACAGUCUACAUGGCCUGUCGUCAUGGAAGCAAAGCCGGCAUCGGGGAGGUCUUCGAAGGCCACCAAGGGCCCGUGACAGGGAUUAACUGCCAUAUGGCAGUGGGCCCAAUCGACUUCUCACACCUGUUUGUCACAUCGUCAUUUGACUGGACCAUCAAGCUGUGGACUACAAAGCACAACAAGCCGCUCUACUCCUUUGAAGACAAUGCGGACUAUGUGUACGACGUCAUGUGGUCGCCCGUGCACCCCGCGCUCUUUGCCUGCGUGGACGGGAUGGGGCGCUUGGACCUCUGGAACCUCAACAAUGACACCGAGGUUCCAACAGCAAGUGUGGCCAUUGAGGGGGCGUCCGCCCUAAACCGUGUUCGUUGGGCUCAAGGUGGCAAGGAAGUUGCUGUUGGGGACUCAGAAGGCCGUAUUUGGAUCUACGACGUCGGAGAGCUUGCAGUUCCCCACAAUGACGAGUGGACCCGAUUUGCCAGGACCCUCGUGGAGAUUCGUGCUAACAGAGCUGACAGCGAGGAGGAGGGCACCGUUGAGUUAUCUGCCUAGUGGGCUGAGCGUCCCCACCUAGACCUUCUGCAGCUCAGCAUCUGCAGUCAAGUCAGCUUGUAUUCCUGUUCACUCAGUCUCAGUAUUGCCCUGGCCUUCUGGGUGCCAUGUUGUGCCAGCUUUGCUCCAAGUAUUCCAAAUGUGGCCCACCAUACUGUCCACUGACCUGAAAUUUGCCAGAGCAUUUCUGUCUUUAUAUUUCUGUCUCAAAAAUGGGGGUGGGGGG